AACCAUUAACCCAAUUAUACAGUUUAUGUUCUUUAAUCCAUCUUAGUCACCUAGCAACCAUAAUCAUGGCGGAGGAGAAGCACCACCACCACCUUCUCCACCACAAGGAUGAGGAUAACCCUGAUGAGGUUAACUACAAGAAGGAGGAGAAGCACCACAAGCAUCUUGAGCACCUUGGUGAACUCGGUGCUUCGGCUGCUGGUGCUUAUGCCUUGCAUGAGAAGCACAACGAGAAGAAAGACCCAGAACAUGCUCACAAGCACAAGAUAGAAGAGGAGAUUGCUGCUGCAGCUGCCGUUGGAGCUGGUGGUUUUGCCUUCCAUGAACACCAUGAGAAAAAGGAUGCUAAGAAGGAAGACGAGGAAGCUCAUGGAAAGAAGCACCACCACCUGUUUGGCUGAACAUGCAAUAUAUACAAGUGUAAUGAAUUAAGGCUCAUCAGAAGCAAGGGUGUCUCUAAAUAACUUUUGAGCUAGUUAGGAAGGUGUUUGAACUUUGAAUAUUAAUUCCCUGCUGUAUCUUCAUAUAUAUUUGCUUAUAAUUAUUUGUGUGCUGUGUAAUUCGACUAUAUAUAUUGAUAUUCUUGUAAAGUAACUCGAGAUUACUUUAUUAUAUUAUGUAAAAAAAAAUGGCGUUUGUUAUG